UACUUAAAUAUUCCAUUCCAAAAAUCUCCAGAUAGCUGCUGCGAAAGUCAUUUUCAGUUGCGUUCAUUAUCUGCAUAUUGAUUGACGACAGCCAUCGGAUUUGUUGCAAAAAGGCAAAAUGUCAAAUUUCAGCACAAAUAAAGCUCUGUACGUUGGGAUUGGUGCUGGUACAAUUGCCGCAGGUGCUGUUUCCUACCUCUACUAUCGAUAUUUGAAGCGAGAUGUUAUGCCCUCAAAAUGGCGUCGAGUAGGAACUCUGGACAAAAUCAAUUUAUUCCCUGUAAAGUCUUGCGCUCCACUUGAAGUGUCCGAUAAAGAUGGCACAUGGUCUGCCGAAGUUUUGGGGCUGCGAUAUGGUGGGGUCGGGGAUCGGUCAUUGAUGUUGAUUAACGACCAAGAUGAAAUGAUAACAGCGCGUGUUUACCCAAAAAUGGUGCUAAUAAAAGUAAAACUGGUGGGAGAAUCGAAGUUAAGCAUAACGGCUGAAGGAAUGGAACCACUAGAGUUGGAUUUUACCAAGUUGGUCAGAGAAGCACCUGGUGCAGACGUCCAUACGUCAGUGUGGGGUGCAAAGUUAGAUGCAAUGUUGUGUGGUGAAAAGUACGACAGAUGGUUUUCGCGCUACAUUCUCAAUAAAGAUUCUGGUUUGCGCUUAGUCUACUAUCCUUACCCGGUGCCUGUGAGGGCAACAGUAGCUCGAAUGACAAAAGAGCCAUUUUUAAAACAAGAAGAUUCGGGUGCCUUCGGUGAUGCUACCUCGUAUAUGCUUAUGAAUUUGUCUUCAGUUGAUGAUCUACAAGAACGCGUAAAGAAACCCAUUGAUCCCCUCCAGUUUCGCGGUAACUUUCAUUUGCGCAUGGAUGCAAAUGAGCCCUUCGCCGAAGACAAUUGGAAGUGGAUACGCAUAGGCGAAGAAGCUGUAUUCAGGGUCGUAGCACCCUGUACUCGCUGCAUUUUCCCAAACAUCAAUGUUGAAACUGGUGAGCGGGAUCCCGAAGGGGACCCUUUAAAGACGUUGAAAAGUUUUCGAAUGUUUAAGAACUACGGCAGUCCAGCAAUGGGUGUACAUAUAGGCAUCCGCCGCAUUGGUCAAAUAAAACCUAACGACGUCAUCUACGUCGAGGACACACAGCCAUGAGUUAUAUCUACAGGACGCUGAAAAUGAAGCGGGAAAUUCUAUUUAACUUUAGAUCUUUCUUACGGUUUAUAAAAAUUUUACAUCCAAUUUUAUUUUCCUAAAUUUAAUGUUGUUUUUGAAUGUGUUCAGUCUUUGUUUUUACCCACAUACAUAUGUUCAUUUAAUGGCUGGUACUAUGUUCGUUUUUCACUGUUGAAAACCCAUGUUUUUGGCGAUUACUUUUUUGAAACAAUACACAAAUUACAAUCAUAAAAUAAAAAUUUUAUUAAAAUUUUACCAUAAGUAAAGUGGAAAUGUCCAUGAGCAAUGAGGGAAUGAAAUCAGCAGUUUAUUUGUAUUAAAAUCUAUUACCCAAAAAAAGUAAUCGGCGAAAAGUAUCGCCAAAAGCUAAUAUAGUAUCAGCCUUAAUUCAAUCCAUAAGGCCAAAAAAGAAUCAGCGCAAAGCAACGCUUUGGCGCCUAAAAAGACUACUUCAAGCAGGGCAACACAAAAUGACGCUCGAUUUCCGUCGUCAAAGUGGAAAAUUCUUUAACUUUUGCGUGUUUUUUUUAUGCGAAUAGUGUGCAUAGUUGCAUUUUUCAACGCAACGCUCAAAAACAAAGCUCAACGCGCUCAUUCUGUUUUGGCCUUAAAUCCUGGUGAAUGAUAUGUGAAAAUCAAUAACCAUAAUCGUUAAUAAAAUAAAAGUGAAACUAA